AUGUCGUCCCAACUUUUUUUAAAAGAAGGUGACAAAGUUUUCAAAGUUAACUCUACAAGUGGGCUUUCAACAAUAUCAGCACCAAUAGUCGAUACUGCAUUACUCUCUAAAACAUAUUCAACAUCAACACCAAUAAUCGAUCCUACGUUGCUCUCUGAAGCUUAUCCGACAUUAGAAAUACAUUUAGAACAUUAUGAGGAGAAUUUUAAUAGUUUAAAUGAACAGCAAAUACAGAAAGAGAUUCUACCGCUUCAAGAAAAAUAUGUACAUUCAAAUACUUCAAAUUCUCAAACUAUUCAAGCAACACUUCCUCAUUCUAUUCAACGUAGAAAUACUACAAGAAUUCGUAAUCUAAAACGUGGUACACAAGAGCAUGUAAAUGAUACUCAAGAAACAUUAGAGGCAAUAUUUCUUGAGCAAGGCAUAACUUGGAAACCACGUGCAUUUACUAAUUUCUGUAUUAGCAAGAAUAUUCAUUUAGCUGAUGAUCCUGUAGUAAAUGAUAGGCUAAUUUAUA